CUGAAUCUUUGCACACCGGAGAAUAAGAUACUUGCGAUAUUUUGUCCAAGCACCAUGGCGUGUGCAACGUUACUGUCAGGCGAGAAUUAUUCGUCUGAUGUAACUGAAGAAGUUCAAGAUUAUUUAAUUUUAUACUUAUAGCUUUUGUAGAGAAUUUUUUUUAUAGAAAAUUGUUUGGCAAAUUACAAGAUGGAUCAAAAAAUGCUUCUUACAUUAUUAUUCUAUAAAAAUGUUGUAAGAGGAAUAACAAGUACCUUACUAUGGAAACAUCCAUAUUACGUAUUGAGCUAUAUUUUCCUGGAAUUUUUAUAUCUUAGAUUACAGAAGUUAUUUAAGCAAAACUUUUGCUGGGUCACAUUACCAGAUAUAGUUAUCAGGCGUAUGUUGGAUAAUUUGGAAAACACAGGAGAUGAAUACAUCGAUUAUGAAUGCUGUGCAUUAGCAAAUGUACAAUCUUUAAAAAAGUCACAAAGUUCCUGGUUUGCUAUAUGCUCAAUGAUUUCGAUGAGGAAAUACAAAUGCACAAUUAUAUCAAUAGACCAUGUUGGUGAGAAUACCAUUCUAAUUUCUGAAACAAUGCGGCAUAAUUUGCUAAAUAACCUGUGCCAUGAGCGAUUGGAUGAGUCGUGUUUUAUAUUACCGUCGGGAGAUGAUGUGAUACAGUUUGCGACCGAAGCGAAAAUAUUCUCGAUCACUACCUCGUGCGAUUGUUCGAGUCAGAUGGUGGAUGUCAUGUUGGCGAACUACUUCCUGCAUCCUCGAUAUUUACAUGUGAACGACGUAAUCAGGAUCGACGCGCAAGAGUACGCCCAGGAUCGAUUUUACACGUCCGGUACUUCGGCGAAUCCUGUGAUAUACCUUGCAGUCAAGUCUCUGAGAUUGAGUCGCAACAGACGUCACUAUAACGUCGAUAGUUGUUACGUCGUGCGUGGAAUAUCGACGCUCGUCCAGGAAGCAGAGGUUCACAGUUACAUUCCUCGGAAACAUGUUCACUUGUUAUCCGGCAAAGCCUGCUCAUGGCAACAGGACGAGACUGAGAAGCUGUCAAAUAUCGGAUAUCCGUCUGUUCUGAUGGCAACUAUCGAGUAUUUAGAAUCAUGCAUUGCGCCCUUCCUAAAGGACAGUCAAUUGCACGUGAAGCCGAUGUUCCUUCUGAAGGGGCCGCGAGGUUGCGGCAAACACGAGCUGGUUGAGCUCACGUCCGAGAGGAUGGGCCUGAACUUCCUCGACGUGGACUUCGCGGAGGUGCAGGCGUUAUCGAGCGCGCCGACCGAGGCUAAGCUGCGCAUAGUGUUGCAAACGGCGCAGCGACGCGUGCCGUGUUUGCUGUAUUUGAACAACAUCCAAGUGUUCGGCAAAACUGCCGAAGGACAGAAGGACGAGAGAAUCAUAUCGACUUUCUCGAAGGAGAUCGCCACGUUGUACGAAACACCACGGAAGUUCCCCCUGAUCAUCGUGGCCGCGUCGGACGAGGCCGACUUGCCCGCGGAACUGCAACGAUUGUUCAUCGAGACGAUUCACGUGAGGCAGGCGAGCCAGAGCGAACGGGCGGAAUUGAUAUCGUGGUUCUUAUCCACGAGGAAUCUGACGUGCGUCGCGGAUCUCGCGACAGUGGCCGGUUCUUGCUCGGAUUUCCGAUUCGCCGAUUUGCUGGCGUUGUCGUUGCACGCGGCUAAGCUGCGCGGAGCGACGUCGCCCCUGACGCAGGAAGAUUUUGAACGAGCUUACGAAUAUAUGCAGUCGGUGUACUGCGACGGUAAAGGCGCGGUACGCGUGCCGACCGUUCACUGGCACGACAUAGGCGGCCUGGCGCAAUUGAAGCAUGAAAUCAUCCGCAGAAUCCAAAUGCCUCUGUUAAACGCCUUUGGAUUCGGCCAGUCCGGAUUACUAUUGUACGGCCCGCCCGGCACUGGCAAGACUCUCCUCGCUAAAGCCGUGGCGACGGAAUACCGUAUGCACUUUUUAUCGGUCAAAGGCCCGGAAGUGUUAAAUAUGUACGUCGGCCAAAGCGAAAGAAACGUCCGAGAAAUUUUCAAGCGUGCGCGUGCCUCGGCCCCCUGCAUCAUCUUCUUCGACGAGCUGGAUUCCUUGGCGCCUAAUCGAGGUAGGAGCGGCGACAGCGGCGGCGUGAUGGAUCGCGUGGUGUCUCAAUUGCUCGCUGAAAUGGACGGUCUCGAGGAGUCCAGCAGUAUAUUCAUUAUGGGCGCUACGAACAGACCCGAUCUCAUAGACCCCGCGCUGCUCCGACCUGGGAGAUUCGACAAAAUGCUGUACGUCGGCAUUCACUCCGACCGCGAGUCCAAGCUGAGCGUUCUGCGCGCGCAGACACGUAGAUUCAAAAUGCGAGAGCACGGACGAGAGUUGGAGCUGAUCGUCGAUCAGUUGCCCGACAACCUCACCGGCGCAGACUUGUACUCGGUCUCCUCCAACACGUGGCUGAACGCUGUGCGCGAGACUCUCAUAAAACACGAGAAGAUCAGUCGGCUCGAAGAGAGUAAACUCGAGGAUAACGUUAUCGUGGAGUCGCACCACUUCCUGGACGCUAUUCGCAAUUUAGUGCCGUCCGUCAGCGACACAGAAAUACGAAGAUACAAGAGGAUGCAGACGGAGCUAUCGUCGUCGUGAUUUCGCGCUUCAAGGUACAAUGAAGAGUCACGAUUUUGUGGAGGAGAAAAUUGCGAAGGUAUCGUCGGACAGGCGGCUUGUACGUAAGUAGAGUGUGCGCAGGCAUGAUCGUAAGCGCAAUGAGGAUAAGGCGCGAUAUUAUAAACGACAUGUUACUUUUAUUUCGAGAAGUAUGUAAAACAAUUUGUACAGCGAAUAAUUAAAAUGAAGGGGUAGGAGUCGAA